AUGUUCAAUUCAACUCAAGAGCCUGACAUUCCUGCAGCUCUGGCAUUGCUCAAUCAUUUAAGCAAUGAUGAACUCAAAGAAAUACUUAACAAUGAAGGAAAAUUUGAAGAAGUUGUCAAAGACAUUAAACAGUUUAAAGAGCUGGAAACAGAAAAAGAAAUGCUAAUGGCCAGUAAUCGUUCACUUGCUGAAUUUAAUUUGGCAAAACAACCUGAAUUGGAAGAGAGUAAAAAAAUACUCUUAGAACUUGGAGAGAAAGGCAAUGCUUUAUGUUUGAACAUACAAAGAAUUAUGAACGAUAUAAAGAGCAAAUCGGAUUGUCUGUCAGUAGAUACGGCAAUGGAACUUUUGCAAUCUUCAGCUACAGAAAUAGAAGAAGAAUCUGAGAAACACGCUGAAAAUUUUCUUGCUGGAAAUUUGGAUGUUGAUGAAUUUUUAGAGCAGUUCCUUGUUAAACGUAAACUGAUGCAUUUACGUAAAGUUAAAAUUGAUAAAAUGAAAGAAUUGAGAAAAAAAUCAAAGUUUCCUAAAAGUGGGUCAAACUACCCACAAGGUCGCAGUUUUUCUGACACAGGUGUUCCAUAUCCUACAGGUCCUGUAUCAAUGCCAAUGCCAGUGACAUCAUGUUUUCGACCCUAUUAA